CCAGCCGCGCAGCCGAGGCCUACCGGCACAGCCGAUGUCUGCACCCUCACGACCGGGCCCAUCCUCUCCUCCCUCGCACCUCGCCCAGCCGUCUCCCCCACCUUCCGCCUCCAGCGCCUCCGCCUCCCACCCCGAGCCGUACGACUCGCCGCUCAAGGCCGCUCCUCCGACCUCGGCCAGCUCGACCUACGCCGCAGGAGGGCAGGAGACGGACGGGCCGGACGAGGCGGGCGAUGAGCGAGAAGACGGCGACCUCGGCUUGCGCGCCGGUCCUGCCGCUGUCCGGUCGUCGCCCGUCCGCGACAAGGGCAAAGGGCGCGCCGUCGAGGGCCCGUACUCGCACGUGAGGGGCGCGAGCGGCGACGUCGUGCUCGACAUGCGGCCGGCGGGAGACGAGGACGAGGACGACGAGGCGGCAGAGGAGCGCAGGAUCCAGCAGAACCUCGCCAAAUGGUCGCGCGCCGACGCCAAGCGGCGAGCCUCGCUGCGACGCUCCACCAAGCUCGUCAUGCCGUCCCUCCCUUCCCCUCCUCCUCUCUCGCCCACGUCCCUCGUCCGCCGCACCUCGACCCUGCUCCGCACCGGGAGUCGACGACGAGCCGGCAGCGGCACCGUCGAGGCGAGCUCGCUCGAAGCGGGCGACUUUGAGCUCGGCGGGACCGACGCCAUGCAGCUCGAGGAGGGCGUCGCAGGGCGGCGGGCGAGGAAGAAACUCAGCGUGCAGGUCGGUGCGGCCGAGGGCUCGGCGACGACGCUGGUGGAUGCGGGUCGGCCGAGCGGCAAGGGCGGCUUGGCGCAAGUCGGCGAGGACGACGAGGCGGUCCGUGCGGGCGGGCCCUCUCGGCUUCCGCCAGACGAGCGGCUCUCGCUCGACAACGCGUCGCUCGUGACGCCGACGAGCACGCACCACCCGUCGAAUCCGUUCUCGCCCUCCAACGCGUCGUUCGUCUCGCUCGAGUCGACGGCGACGGACCGCACGGCGCGCGCCGCGUCGCGCUUCAUCGAGGACCUGCCCGUCCUGCCGAGCUCGACGCCGUCGACGCCGCAGGGCUCGCCGACAAAGCGCUCGUCGAUGGCGCCGGGCAGCAACCCGUUCCUCGACGUCGUCGUCACCUCGCCGACGCCGACCCGCCCGGGCGCCCUCUCGCUCCGCACCGGCAGCAGCCACACGCUUCACACGGUCAACUCGAACGCGUCGACCGUCCACAUGCCGACGACGGCCUCGUUCUGCGCGCCCGCGCCUCCGCCACCGCGCACGCCCUCGCCCGCCUGGAGCUCGAACCACUCGACGCCCUUCUCGUCGCCGGGCCUGUACACGCCGGCCAAUGCUCGGCAACGUCGCCCGUCACCGCGCACGUCGAUGCCCUCGAUGCGUGCUGCGUCGCCCUCGUCGUCGGCGUACGGCGCGCAGCAGGAGCAGCGGCGGCGCGGCGGCGACAUCGGCGACGACGAUGAGGACGACAUUGGGUGGCUUGACUGGCUGUUGUGCGGGUGCUUCCGGGUCGGCGACGGGCAGAGAGACGGGCGGAUCGAGCAGCAGGGGCGGACGAACCCGAUGGAGUAGCUCGGGCGCAGGGGCCCGAGCGGCGCGAGCGCGGGCGGGACGGUCGGAUCUCGCGAGCCGUAGCACAUCGAGCU